CACUCUCUCUUCUCUCUCUCUCUCCGCCUCCAUUAUCCUCUAAAGACCAAAUCUAAUCCUCUCUCUCUCUCCCCUCGCUUCCACCAUUAACAGAGAAGCUCCACAACAAGCUUUUCUCCAUUACACCGAGAGAGAAAGAGGUUUUGAAUUCCAGCAGAGGUGGUGAGUGAGUACUCCAGAUCGGAUCAGGAUUCUUCAAAGAUGCAGACGACAAACAACGGUCCAGAUUCGUCAUCAGCCGGAACAACGCCGCCACCGUUGCAGCAACCGACUCCUCCUCCGCAGCAACAGCACUGGCAAAACCAGCAACAAUGGAUGGCGGCGAUGCAGUACCCAAUGGCGAUGAUGCAGCAGCAGCAGCAUAUGAUGAUGUAUCCUCACCAAUACGCACCGUACACCCAAGGUCACUAUCAGCAUCCUCCUCAGUUUCACUACGCUCCUUAUCACCAGCAGCAGCAGCAGCAGCGUGGUGGAUCUGGUGGAGAUGAUGUGAAGACUCUCUGGGUUGGUGAUCUUCUUCAUUGGAUGGACGAGACUUAUCUCCACACAUGUUUCUCUCACACCAACGAGGUUUCUUCUGUUAAAGUGAUAAGAAACAAGCAAACGAAUCAGUCAGAAGGGUAUGGUUUUGUGGAGUUUCUUUCGCGUUCGGCAGCUGAGGAAGUCCUUCAGAGCUACAGCGGUGUAACCAUGCCCAACGCAGACCAACCCUUCCGUCUAAACUGGGCGUCUUUCAGCACUGGUGAAAAGAGAGCCUCAGAAAACGGUGGUCCUGACCUGUCGAUAUUCGUGGGAGACUUGGCUCCAGACGUGACUGAUGCUCUACUGCUCGAGACUUUUGCUGGGUAUCAAUCUGUCAAAGGUGCAAAGGUCGUGAUUGAUUCCAACACUGGACGUUCCAAAGGUUACGGCUUUGUCAGGUUUGGUGAUGAGAGCGAGCGGUCAAGGGCGUUGACUGAGAUGAAUGGUGCUUUCUGCUCAAGCAGGCAGAUGCGUGUUGGUAUUGCAACUCCUAAAAGAGCAUCUGCUUAUGGCCAACAAAAUGGUUCACAAGCUCUGACAUUAGCUGGUGGACAUGGAGCGAAUGGUUCAGCGUCUGAUGGAGAUUCAAAUAACUCAACAAUAUUUGUUGGCGGCAUUGAUGCUGAUGUUACUGAAGAAGACCUCAUGCAGCCUUUCUCCCAGUUUGGGGAGGUUGUUUCGGUGAAGAUUCCAGUAGGAAAAGGAUGCGGUUUUGUCCAAUUUGGUAACAGGAAGAGUGCUGAAGAAGCCAUUGAGAAUUUGAACGGGACAGUCAUCGGGAAAAACACUGUCCGGCUUUCUUGGGGACGAAGCCCAAACAGACAGUGGAGAGGUGAAGCGGGACACCAGUGGAACGGAGGAUACUCAAGAGGACAAGGUUACAGCAACGGAUAUGCUAAUCAAGACUCAAACAUGUAUGCUACUGCAGCGGCUGCUGUCCCUGGAGCUUCUUGAAAGUGUUGGUUAUGUCUCUAUCAACAAAAGACCCUCGUGAGUCCUGGACUUAGGGGCAUUGGUUUCUAAAACAAUCCAUUGGAAUGUCAGAGGGAUCCGAUGAUUAGUUGUUGGUUCAGGGGUUAGCUCGCAACAACAAAACUAAAAACUUCUAAAGUCCAAAGAGGGUUUAGUAUCCUGGAUUUGAAUUUUGCUUAUCUUGCUGUCUCAGUCUCUGCCAACAUUUUCUUAAACUUGAAUUUCAUUCUCAGUUUCUUUUAAGUUUUAUUCGUCAUGUUGCAUUGCUUUGAUAGUUAUUUUUUCAAGAAAUUUAUAGUAGAGAGUUAA